GACUGUAUCACAGACGAGACCCAUUCCACUGCUGGGUGUGAAUCAGUUCUCUCUGGAAGGAGCUAAACCUAUUUGGGUGUGGCAAUUGUGUAUAAUAGCGCAAAACGAGUCAGUCACAGUUAAGUUUACCUUGAUAACUUGUUGUCUUGAGGCACACUCUCUGCGCAAUGGCAUCAGCAAACCCUCCGAGCGAGGCCAACACAAUGUUCUUCUUGGCUUUGUACAAAAAGCUCAGCGAGGAGAACAUGGCGGAAAACAUCUUCUUCUCCCCCUUUAGCAUCUCCUCAGCCUUGGCCAUGGUGAUGCUGGGGGCCAAGGCGAACACAGCCACGCAAAUGUCGGAGGUCCUCUGUUUCACCAAGACAAAGCAACCGACGGAGGAAAAUCAAACACAGAUGAUGAAGCAGUCUCCAAUGCAAAUGCAAAUUAAAACGCGAGAGCAGAUGCGGAUACAGCUGCAACACUCCAGCAAGCUGCCAUUAUAUCUAAAAAAGGUUCUGCAACGCGACGCUGGUGAGGAUGAAGUCCACGCUCACUUUCAGCAACUUUUGACCAAAUUCAACAAGACAAGCACCGGGUACACUCUCAGCCUUGCCAACAGGCUGUAUGCAGAGCAAACAUACAUGUUUGAUAAGGGCUUCCUUGAGGAAACCAAAAAGUACUACCAAGCCGAACUGGAGUCUGUGGAUUUCAAGAAUAAUGCAGAAGCGGCCAAGGUCAACAUUAACAACUGGGUGGAAGAGAAAACACAAGACACGAUGGCAUCAUCUACCCCUCUUUCCAAGGCUAACACCAACUUCUCUCUCGAAUUGCUGAAAAAAUUGGGCGAUGAUGACAAGACUGCAAAUAUCUUCUUUUCCCCCUUUAGCAUCUCUUCAGCCCUGGCCAUGGUGAUGCUCGGAUCGGGGGGCAACACAGCUACACAGAUGUCAGAGGUUCUCAAUUUCACUCAGCGAGAGGCACGGCCAGAGCCAAUGCAAAUGCAAAUGCAACAAGUCCAGUCCAUGUUUCUGCCAAAGUGUCUGCAAACCAAAGGCCAGGAUGAAGUUCAUGCCAGCUUUGCCAAACUGCUGGCUGAGCUGAACAAACCAGAUGCACAGUACGCCCUCAGUGUUGCCAACAGACUGUACGGGGAGCAGUCUUACCAGUUUGUUGAGACUUUCCUAGCAGAAACAAGGAAGCACUACAAAGCUGAGCUAGAGUCUGUGGACUUUAUCGGCAACCACGAGGGAGCCAGGCUCAACAUCAACCAAUGGGUGGAGAAGGAGACACAAGGUAAAAUUAAGGAUGUACUGGUCCAGGGUGUGUUGGACAGCAUGACCAGGCUGGUGCUGGUCAAUGCCAUCUACUUUAAAGGCAACUGGGACAAAAAAUUUAAGGAGACCUCAACACAGGACGCCAAAUUUAGGAUCAGCAAGAAUGCCACCAAACCAGUGAAGAUGAUGCACCAGAAAUCCAAAUUCCCCCUCACCUUCAUUCCUGAUAUCAACUGCCAGGUCUUGGAGUUGCCUUAUGUAGGGAAGGAGCUCAGCAUGCUCAUCUUUCUACCCACUGACAUAAAUGACAAUUCAACGGGUCUGAGUGAGAUAGAAAAGAACCUGACCUAUAACAACUUCAUGGAGUGGACCCGUCCUGAUAUGAUGGAUGUAGUCGAGGUCCAGGUUGGCCUGCCUCGAUUCAAGAUGGAGGAGAAGUAUGACAUGAAGAAUGUCUUGGUCAGCAUGGGAAUGGUGGAUGCCUUCGACAAGGGAAGAAGUGAUUUUUCUGGCAUGUCACCUGCCAAUGACCUGGUAUUGACAAAAUUCGUCCACAAGGCUUUUGUCGAGGUGAACGAGGAGGGAACCGAGGCUGCUGCCGCGUCUGUUGCCAUCAUGAUGUUGCGCUGUGCUCCGAUAACACCCAGAUUCAUCGCGGACCACCCCUUCCUCUUCUUCAUUCGACACAACGCGUCAAUGAGUGUACUUUUUGCUGGCCGAUAUUGCUCCCCUAUUUGAGCAUUUUCAUGCUUCAAUGCAAACUUUUUAAUCUCUAGCAUUCCUAGGUUCUAGGUUCCCUGCUAAAAAAACAAAACAAAACCAAACAGUAUGGACCAGCAUGGAUUUUAUUUAUUUUUUUUGUUUUGCGCUGGUCUUGCUGGUAUUACCAGUAAGAUUAGCAGCAAAAGCAUAAAAAAACAGCCAAGAUUUUAACAGCCGAGCCUUUGGUGCCAGGUGCCUUCCACUACCAUUCUGUACUGCGUAUACUUAGCACAUAUUCCAAAUUCAAAGCACAUAUUCCAAAUUCAACCUUCCUGGAGCGUUAGGAAAACAAAUUUCAUUGUCUCAUCCCCAUCACUCCAUUCAUUGUAUGGAACCAAAGAGAAUAAUGAGAUAAAGAUACAUUAUCAGCACCUGUGUGAUGUUAUAACCCCUAUCAGGAAUGUACACUGCUGUACAGUUUGCAAUCAUUAACUAAAGUAAACAUGGAAGUAUCAACAGCUCAACUAUUCUAUAUUGUCGAUACAUAAUCCUUUAUGUAUGCAAUAAAAGUCUGUUUGAAAACACAAAA